AUGGACACUUCACCUCCCGUUCUCAACGACGACAGAUGUGGUGUUCCCAAUUCUGUUACCCAAAUCGUUACCGACGGCGAUGUUCUGCUGGUGGUUGGCCCAAGCCAGCACAAGAUUCAGGUCUCUUCGCAUUUCCUCAAGCACAUCUCGCCCGUUUUCCGAGCUAUGCUCGAUGCACCAAUGAAGGAAGAAGAAGCUCUUGCAAACAAAUGUGACGAUGAUGCCCCCGUUGAGAUCGUCCUCCCCGAAGAUAAGGAACAGCCGAUGGUGCAGGUACUACAUACCCUCUAUGGCUCAGAUCCAAGUGCCAGACGGUUCUCGAAGAGCGAAGUCAAAGAGAUCGCAAUUCUUGCAGAGAAGUACGGGAUGGUCGAGCGUAUCGCAAUCUUCGCAUCUUUCUGGCUUCGUAACGCCGUCAAGAAAAGCAUUUCAGAAAUUACCAAACAUGUCUGGAACACCUUAGUCGUGGCGUAUAUCCUCAAGAUCGAUUGGGCGUUCUUCGACAUAACCAAGGCCAUACUCCAGACGAGGACCAGCCUCCUAAAGUUCAUAGGCAGCUUUCAUGACAAGCAUACUGGUCUCCGCCUUGGAAUGGCUAUUGAAGAACUGCGCAGCACCUACUUGGCGAUGAUGGCUAGGUCCAGAACUGAGAUGGGCUUGUGCUUGUUCUGCUUUUCUCACGCAACCGAAUCUUUCACUCAGCAGCGUGCAGGGUGCAGCUAUCCUGAUCGUCAUUUUCCAACGCAUCGGCUGGCAUGA